AUGGCGUCUCCCAAGAAAUCAAAGAAAAGCAAGAAAGAUAGGAAAUUGAAGAAAAACUUAAGCUUGGUUCCAGUCGAGCCCAAAGCCGCAGACUCUGACUGGUGGGAUAGUUUCUUCAACCCAAGUGCUUCAAGUUACCAGUCACUUCUAACCAAGCUACAAUGGCUGGUUGGAGAGGACUUGAUCAAUCGGAGCAGCAGAAAUGCUACUGUUCUCAAGCUUACCAAAUGCCGCACAGUAGAAGCCCUUGAAUUUGCUGCAAAUGUGUGUCCUGGCCUUGUGACUUUGAGUUUACCAGGAGAUGUAUUGGACAACAAACACACGAACCUAGAGCUGAUCUGGCAAGUGGAAAAAUUUGGAGAUCUGGUGAUGUUGGACGCCAGAGAUUGUUUUGGUUUCGAUGAGAACGACAAUGAAAUAUCAAAGCUUGCGUCUCAUAUUAGUAAAUUUAUGCGCUCGGGUUCUGAAUUUCCUGAAUUUCUUCGUGGUUUGGACAAUUUGGUUCUUCCUGUUGAUGGAUACUCAUUUGAUCAGCAUGUGGAGGAGAAUUGGGAUGAAAUGCUCAAUGAUUUGCUCAAUGCGUUCAAUGAUUUGCGAUUGAAGGAACAAUCUAUGUCUCUGUCUCAGCAUCCAUACAAGACAUAA